AUGAGUUUGGUAACGAGUAAAUCAAAGGUCUGCCCAAUUACACCGCUUACAAUUCCCAGGAAAGAACUAAUGGCUGCACUGCUGUUACAUCGAUUGGCAAGCAAAGUUAUUUCUGCGAUGGAAUUGGAGCAUAUUCCCGUAGUUCUUUGGAGCGAUAGUCAAGUGGUACUAGCUUGGAUUAACAAGUCUCUCGACAGACUGCAGAUAUUCGUCAAAAAUCGAGUCUCGGAGAUAAAAUCCCAAGGCAACUUUGUGUGGAAAUACGUGCGGUCAGCUGACAACCCUGCUGAUAUAGUGUCGCGUGGAAUGACUUCAGCAGCCUUGUCAAAAAGCAGUUUGUGGUGGAACGGACCAUCAUUUCUUCAAAAGGCUGAGUAUAUAGAAGAAACACCAGAAGCGAUGAAUGAAAGCGAAAUUCCAGAGCUUAAGCCACAGACGAUUGCUAAUGUAGCGGUUCAAGAUGGAACCCUCCUGAUUUUUGACAAAACGAACUCAUUUCGUCCAAUCCUGAACACAGGAAUCUUACCAAGCAUCCACGAGUUACGAGAAGCGACUAAACGAAUCAUACGAUCGAUUCAAAGGCAAGAGCUACCUGAUGGAAUUGACCGCAUCCGGCUCGGUAAACCAUGUAAGCGAAUUGGAAACCUUAAUCCGUAUCUCGGCAGCGACGACAUCCUGCGCGUUGGUGGCAGAAUUCGACACUCUUCUCUUUCCGACGAUGCAAGACAUCAAUGGAUUCUACCGAAUAAGCAUCCGGUCACGCGGGCACUGAUAGCCGACAUUCACAGAGAGAAGCUACACGCUGGGCCUAACUGUGUGAUUGCCGCGCUUAGGCAAAUGUAUUGGUUAUUAAACGCGAGAUCGACCGUGCGUUUGGUGACACGAAACUGUAUUACCUGCUUCAAAAUGAACCCAAGACUAGCCAACCAGUUCAUGGGCGACCUACCUUCAUGUCGCAUCAACGUGGCUCCACCAUUCUCGAAGGUUGGGAUCGAUUAUGCUGGACCUAUCUACGUUAAACAAACGGCCAGAAAAGCGACUCCCGUGAAAGGAUAUAUUUGUCUGUUUGUCUGCAUGGUAUCCAAAAGCAUACACCUGGAAGCAGUCGAAGAUCUUUCGACGGAUGGAUUUCUUGCGGCACUUCAACGAUUUGUCUCGCGAAGAGGAGUUCCAGAAGAAAUAUAUAGCGACAACGGUACUAAUUUUAUCGGUGCAAAAUCGGCACUGCACGAACUCUAUAGACUGUUUCAAUCUGAUGUCACCAAUAACAAGAUUGCUAUUUUCUGCCAGGUUAACGAAAUAAAGUGGACAACCAUUCCUCCAAAUGCGCCUCACUUCGGAGGCUUGUGGGAGGCGGGAGUAAAAAGCGUUAAAACUAUCCUGAAUCGCGUCUAUCAAUCACACAUUCAACAGCUGAGGACAGCAUUUUUGGAAACGCUGAUCUCACGAGUAUUUGGUAGAGCUUCAGUCCAGGGGAAAGUGGACUAUAAAAAAGAUAAAGUUCCAACUCAACAGUGGAAGAUUGGUCGAGUUGUUCGAACCUACCCGGGUUCUGACGGCUUAGUUCGUGUUGUGGACGUCCGCGUUGGUGACCAUAUCUAUAAAAGACCGAUCCAUAAACUAGCGCCACUACCAAUUCUGGACAACACACCGAUCGACGACAAGGAUGAUCAACACAGCAACUUCUUUGCUGCGGCGGGAGUAUGUUCAGUUCCGCGUCAGCGCACUGAAGUGGAAUCGGAGGAAACAUCACUACAAGCAACAACACCAACCAUCAUAAGCCACGCCCCUAAGUAG